GAGUCCCUUACUAUGCUCAAGAUUCUAAAUUAUAUUAUAUUAUAGAAUCUUUCGCUUGCACGGGACUCAAAAUAAGCACUCGAAGAAAUAUCAAACUUUGCUCUCUUGUUGUACAAAUAACUAUUGUGUGUCCUUAACUUUUAUCAUAUUAAAGAAUUGUCACUUACCGCGGAAAAUUGCAGUACUGCAUUUUAUCAAGGAAAUUGACAGUGGCAGAACCAGCUUCAAGGCCUCAAGGGUUCGAAACGUCGGGAUUAGAUGUAUAAGAUCGUGUCAUUCACGAAGAUGCGUGCGUUAAAUUUGACAAAUCUGCGGAAUUUCGUGGAUGACAUGAACUGUUGUAUUUUAAAUUUAUUAUACGCGACAUAAUCCCUCAGAAUACUUAAAUUUUAUUAAUAGGUUAAUUAAUACCAUUUACUGCCAACUCCAACUAUAAAUUCUGUUUUGAACACAUUUUACAAUUUUAAUACCAUCACUUGUACUAAUAUACUUCUGCGUCAAUUUACCAUUAAAAGUCAAUGUUAAAUACAGAUAAGACAAAUAUUAAUAAUUUUAUCUUUGUAUCGAAAUUAUUCUGUAUUCCUUCAUAGUUUAAAGGCUAUUUUGAUUUGUUGUUAUCAAUGUACGAUAACUAGAAUAAGCUACGCAAAAAUCCGUACAAACUUUCCUGGAGCCCAUUUCUCGAUCGAUAUUAUUAGACUAAGGGUCUGUUUUACAAUGUCCAAGUAAAGUAUUGGAUAACUAAUUAAGAAAUUAAUUAACUGUCAAAUAAAUCUUCCUGCAAAACAUAGCAUUUUAUCUACAAGUUAAGCUUAUUUGAAGAUUGUGAAACGCAACUAUAACUUUAUUUGUUAGAUAAGUGGCAAGUGGCUUAUUCAGGAUUUUACUUGGUUAUUAUGAAACUGGCCCUAUUGUACCCUAUCGUUUACCACCGUCGUGGUAUAAAAAAAGAAUGUUAUAACGGUAUUUCCCACCGUUCGUCACUUUUCCGGUUCACAACGAAUUUUACAUAACUCACGCAUUUUUAAGCACUUGCGCGGCAUGUUUCGGAUAGCCCAAGUCUCCAUUUUUAAGAACUUAGUAGUAUUGUAUCUUGAUUGGUUCUGGUUGUGGAAUUAUUUAAAAAAGAAUUUGUUAAAUUAAAAAUCUAUAGUUUUUGACAAAAUCUACAUUUUUUUGCAGUUAGUGUUAAGCAAUUCAUCCAUUCAGCAUGAAAAAUUGACGUUUUAACGAGUCGCAUAAAUAGUCAUUUUAUGUACUACCUCAUAAAAUUCAUUUAAAUCAUAUGUUAGUCUCUAAUCUGGAAAGUAGGUAAUCAUAAAGAUUUAUUUAAUCAUUAUUUUUUUUCCGAAUGCAAUGAAUCUUUACGUCAUACUUCCUAGCAAAGAUUAAGAAUGAAAAAGUAAGAUUUAGAAAGUCGGCAAUUUCAUACUUUCAAUUUUCCAGCUAAACGAGGUGGCUUUGUUUAUUAUGAGGUAACUUUGGUUAUCAAAAAUUAACGUGUGAUAAUUCAGAGACCACAAAACAGAUGGAGCAGUACAGUGCACGUUUUUUCUUAGACUUUACCUAUCUAUUACAAUCAAACCAAUAACUCGUUACUUCCUGGUAUUACUUUACUUUAAACUAUUUAUUCUGUCAUCCAGAGUUGUCAAAGUAUCACUAAUUAAACUAACAACCGCAAAUGGAUCGCUGUUUAAUCAUCUCGAGCGCCCAUUACGCCAACACUGAAUUUAAGUGGCGCCCGGUACAACUACAAAGCAAUCAGGAUCUUCAACAUAAUUGAUUUGGCUUCGUGACAGGACAGUGACGGAACGCGUCUUGAUAACUAAAGCAGAGACGCUUUCAGAUAGAUUUUCGUACCCACCUGUUGCUAUCUCUAUUACAGGCGCAGAAUCAAAUUGCAGCAUAAUUAAGUUUUUAUUUCAUUGUAUUUCAUAUUUUCUGUCUCUUACGGGCGCAUGCAUACUAUAGAGCAAGUAUACACCUGCUUUGAGGUUUGAAUUUGAUCCUUUUUGCAAUUUAAUCAAACUUGACGACGUCAAAGUCACUUGACAAAAUAACUUCAAUAUCAAACAAAAUGAAAACCUAAAUAAUAUUAUUUGGAGAAAGAAAAAACUUUCUGUGAGACUUAAUAGCAAACGUGCUCAAUAAUGGAAUGGAUACACACAAAACCAUUCUUAAAUGAAAAAUUACCGCUCCAGCAACGACAGGCAUUGGAUUCAUUGAUAGAAGUGUUAAUCGAACCUCGCCGGUUCGAGCGCGAGCUAUUCUUCUCUUUGUUGCUUAUUUUAAUGAGGGAAAACGAUUUCCUUCAAAUAAAAGCUCUUAACGAAGGCGCUAUCGAUAUAUCCGACUAUAUAUUAUCCACAAGAAAGAAAAACACAGAUAUUUACGAAGCCACAUUCGUUUUGAUUGGAUACCAAGAUCUACCGAUAAAAAUUUUCGCCAAACCUCUAGCCAACGCUUUUCUGUUGAAUUCCAUCAUACCAGACACGGGAAAUUCUUACGCAGUAUGCUUCGAACCGAGCUGCUUUUUGGGCGUUUCAGAACUCGGAAUACCAUGUUCUAUUAAGAACUUUUCGGUUCUUAAGCGAACGGUGAAAGAGAUUACGGACCCGAUCAAAAGUUGCAUACUAAACCAGUACAAUACAAAACACGGGACUUUAUUAAGCCUCCCUAAAGCCGUUAUUUUGGAGAUACUUUUAAAACUUCCCAUAAAAGACGUGUUGAAUUUAUCUGAAUCGUGCAAAAUAAUGAAUUGUAUCGUAAAAGAGGAUCGAGUUUGGUCCCAUCUUUACAACAGGGAUUUUUCUGAAGCGCAUAAAUACGAGGGAUGGAGCUGGUUGGACGAGUAUAGGGAAAUUUACGUCUCGGGACGGAAUAAGUCGAAUAAAGUCCAGGAUUUUCGGCGCUGGGAUUACGUGGAUUACAUGAGAUGCGCGAACAUUGAUAAAUUGGAAAUUAUCUUGUGAUUGGAUUUCCUUGUCAGUGGUUGCAAAUAUGAAAUAAUGAUGUUUGAAUUAAAAUUUAAUUUGAUGUAUUUA